GCACAACAAAUGCAUAGCCAGCCAAGUCUAAUUACCAAGGGCACUACGGAGGCCUCAAGGUGAGCAUUUUCCAGGAAAUGUCAAGUUAUUUUUAGUUUGGGAGGUCAAGUGGGCAUUGAGCGCCAACUUAAAAAGCCAGGCCUAGGGUCCAGCUGGACCCCCGUGCAAACCGCGCCAAAAAGAUUUAAUACCGAUAAGCUCCUUCCUUAAGCUUUCCAUCACUUGAUCUGUUGGGACCUGAAACCCCGUAUAAUAAAUGCCUUGUGGUAUACAGCCACUUCAAAACGUGUUCUUCUUCUCUGUACGCUGAUUGUUCGCUAUGGCGGUGGACAUUCAUGAUACGUUUGGCGCAGGGUUCAUCGGGGGUAUGGUGGCUGCGAUCUUGUAUGGCAUCACGACUCUGCAGACAUACUUGUAUUAUGUGUAUUACCCCAGAGACACCGAUGGCCUGAAAGUACUGGUUGCGUCCAUCUGGGUCAUCGACACUUUACACGUCUCCCUUAUGUGUCAUGCCCUGUAUUACUAUCUUGUCACGAGUUUUGGUGACCCAGAUAACCUUGCAAUUGGAGUUUGGUCCCUUUUCAUAUCGCUCGGUCUAAAUCUUCUCAUGGCUGUGCUCGUGCAAACAUACUUUGCUUUUCGAAUAUGCUACUUAACCCGCUCCAAUAUUCGAUGGUGGUUGACAUCCUUUCUUAUGUUGGUCGUUCUCGCACACUUCGCCUUUGGAUUGGAGACAGUUAUCCUCAUGUUCAUCAAGAAGGAAUUCAGCGCGCUUUCGGAGAUCACUCUCUAUGCUGCUACGCCUUUCGCUAUAACUGCUGUUUUGUCCGAUGUCUUCAUUGCUUGUUCACUGUGCAUUCUUCUCCACGGCAAUCGCAGUCCUGUUAUCGAGACUAACACGCUCGUCAAUACAUUGAUCAUAUACGCCAUCAAUCGUUGUCUACUGACUUCAGUCGUUGCCGUGGCCGAAGUUAUCGCAUUUGCUAUCAUCCCAGGCAGUCUGUGGUUCAUCGCGAUAGAUUUCGUCAUCGGAAAGCUAUACGCUAAUUCCCUCCUUGCAUCCCUAAAUAGCCGAAGUGCCCUACGAGGGCGUGAUCACACUCGCGAUGACGGCACUAGUUUCCGUGUCAACACCAUCAACCUAACUGGCCUACAGUCCUCAAGCGACAGGGACAGCAGCGGAGGCACGCAGAGUAAAACGACAGCCAGCACCGUCUCCGCUCGUGCCCGUGUAAAAUCGGCUCCAGAUGGAGAUAUCGCCCAGCUUGAGAUGGGUAACUUGGACAAAAUCUGAUGUUUGUGUUUUGCUGUGCAUGAUUGCAACAUACUCCUUAUCUAUCGACCUAGCCCUAGAGCGCUUCGUACUUCGCCAUCAUCAUUAUUAUCACUCAUCUUCAUCUUCAUCAUGGGAUUCUUGUUGUUGACAUCACUCUUACUACCGUCUCGUCUACUCUUGCUUGUAUCUAUGUAGCUCGAUACCCCCCAACUUGAAAAAUAAGCAUAUUUUCAUUAA